AUGGAUGCUAGCAUAGCAACGUGGGUAGACAAGGGAACUAUCCUCAAACCGGGUCUAGAAACUAUAGCUGAAGAAAUAAGAAGGGCUUUUGUACUAGAAUUCUCAAGAAACUUCUAUAAACAGAAAAGAAAGUGGCCGAAUAUAUCAUUAGGACCCAAUGCAGAUCCCAUUAUAAAACAAUGUUAUGAGGGAGGAUACGGGGGAGAGGAUCCUGGAGAACCCUGGUCCACUGCCAUGUUUGCAGAUGUGAGGUUUGAGAAAACCAUGGAGUUCGACUAUCAGAUAUAUACAGCGGACUUGUUAGCAGAUAAAUCUAUAAUACCCAGUUUGGAGCACUGGCCUUAUGAAUAUGAUAGUCAAGCUCACAGGACAAAACAUGGCUUCUUUCCGUCUGCACCACCCCGGGAGAGCAACAAUGUAAUAAUGCAGUACAUAGGUAGAGAAGAGGUCAAUGUCAAGAAUAUAAUACAAACAGUAGCUGAGAAAAGAAUACCUAAGUGA